GUUCAGUAACCAAUGGUUUUGUGACAGUUUAGUUCUAUUCAGCUUUAUACUGAGAAGCCUUUCCCCUUUGAGUGAUGCAGUCUUCAUGGAAGCUGCUUUUUAUUCUAGAGAUUUGUCUAGCUGCCAUUUCGAACUGCAGUGCCAAAAGUGUUAAUGUUGAGGCUCCUUCCUCAGCUCCUCACACUCACAGCGUUGACUUUCCAUUCAAAUAUGACUCUGGCUGGCUUGGCUGGAAGGCCAAGCACACCAAAUCUUACGAGAGUGACAUACACGAACUGGAAAAGUAUGUGACCUGGGUCUCUAACUCAGCACUGAUCGAUGCCCACAAUGCCCUACGCUCUAGUUUUGGAUACACACUCGCCAUGAAUCAAUUUGGGGACUUGACUUCAUCAGAUUACUACUAUGGGACAAAGUGCCUCUAUCAAUAUAAUUAUGGUGGUUCACAGAACAGCUCUGCGACUGAGGCUGAUCAGGAUAACUUGUUCAAUAUGAAACUCUUUGAAUGGCCAAAAGGUUUAAGUUCCUCGUCUCUCCCGAGUGAAGUUGACUGGAGGACAAUGGGUGCAGUUGGAGAUGUGAAAGAUCAGGGUCGUUGCAAGUCCUGCUAUGCCUUUAGUGUGACCGGAGCUAUUGAAGGAAUGGAGGCACUGGCUAGUGGGAAGUUUGUCUCUCUCAGUGAGCAGAAUAUCAUUGACUGUUCAGUUAUUUAUGGAAACAUGGGCUGUAGUGGUGGCAGUCGGGAAAUAUCAUUUCUGUAUGUCAUUGAUAAAAAUGGAAUCAACACCGAACAGAGUUAUCCCUACAUUGAGUCGCAAUACUUGUGCUAUUUUAAAGAGUCUGCUAUUGGAGGAAGAGCAACAGGCAUGGUCCGUAUUGCAUCAAAGAGUGAAACUGAUCUAAUGGCUGCUGUAGCAAUAUCAGGACCAGUUACUGUAGGAGUUGACCACAUGCACUCAUCAUUUCAAUUUUACAGCAGUGGCAUUUUUGAUGAGCCUUCCUGUUCUUCUACAUCACUCACUCAUGCAAUGGUCAUAGUUGGAUAUGGUUCUUAUAAUGGUAAGGAUUACUGGCUAGUAAAGAACAGUUGGGGGGCUAACUGGGGAAUGAGUGGUUACAUAAUGAUGGUAAGGGGAAAGUACAAUCAGUGUGGUAUUGCUACAAGAGCAAUCUAUCCAUCAAAAUAGUGUGUGAUUAUUAUUCUAUUGCAGUAGCAGUAGCAACAGAAUAGGCUCGUGCAUAAUAGAAAUAUUCAUCAUCAUUAUAAUUAUUAAAUGCAGUUGUAUUUAGAAUUUUAUUUUAUUUCAGUGACGUCUUUGUUUUGUUUCUGUAAUAAUAUAGUCCUGCAAAAUAAAUUUUACAAUACUGGUA